UGCAGGAUUUCUCCAACGAGACGUUGCUACAACGGAUGGCACACCAACAAGUCCAAAACUAACCAGAGGAGAGGUACUCGAUCGAGAACGCAGCAAAAGCCUGCAAGAUUCGUAUAAAGGAUUAUGCUGUAGACAACUGACUGAUUCAUGUCCAAGUAUCAAAGACGACACCUCGCUAAUUUUACCACUCAUGAAGGAGGUGCUAAGCCCCGUCCCUAAAAGGAGCUUGCCUUGUAUGUCCUUGAUGAAGGAGACUCGAUUGAAUGUACAAAUCUAUCGCAGACGGCGAUGUCUCCCGCAGACCCCUGUGUCCGAUAGUGAACUGGACGAUAAUGAGCAUGACAAUCGUCAAGCCGAGUUGAAAAGACAACAAUUCCGUCGGACAGUAAACAAUUCUAUAGAUUUGGGUAACCUUCACAAAUAA